CGGGUUCCGCGCGCAGCCUGUCGACCUUCUCGGUGGCUUCUUCUGCCCCCACCGCCGCCUCCGCUACCUGCGCCCCCGCUUCGGUCCGUGGUGCAGCCGGACCAGCACCAUGUCGCUGUCGCGCUCGGAGGAGAUGCACCGGCUGACGGAAAAUGUCUAUAAGACCAUCAUGGAGCAGUUCAACCCCAGCCUGCGGAACUUCAUCGCCAUGGGGAAGAACUACGAGAAGGCCCUGGCAGGUGUGACCUACGCUGCCAAAGGCUACUUCGACGCCCUCGUGAAGAUGGGCGAGCUGGCCAGCGAGAGCCAGGGCUCCAAGGAGCUCGGAGACGUCCUCUUCCAGAUGGCGGAGGUCCACAGGCAGAUUCAGAACCAGCUGGAAGAGAUGCUGAAGUCCUUCCACAACGAGCUGCUCACGCAGCUGGAGCAGAAGGUGGAGCUGGACGCCAGGUACUUGAGUGCGGCCCUGAAGAAGUACCAGACGGAGCAGCGGAGCCGGGGGGACGCGCUGGACAAGUGCCAGGCGGAGCUGAAGAAGCUGCGCAAGAAGAGCCAGGGCAGCAAGAACCCGCAGAAGUACUCGGACAAGGAGCUGCAGUACAUCGACGCCAUCGGCAGCAAGCAGGGCGAGCUGGAGGGGUACGUGUCGGAGGGCUACAAGACGGCGCUCACCGAGGAGCGCCGCAGGUUCUGCUUCCUGGUGGAGAAGCAGUGCGCCGUGGCCAAGAACUCCGCCGCCUACCACUCCAAGGGCAAGGAGCUGCUGGCGCAGAAGCUGCCGCUGUGGCAGCAGGCCUGCGCCGACCCCAACAAGGUGCCGGAGCGCGCCGUGCAGCUGAUGCAGCAGCUGGCGAACAGCGACGGCGCCGUCCUCCCCGGCGCCCUGUCGGCCUCCAAGUCCAGCCUGCUCAUCUCCGACCCCAUCCCCGGGGCCAAGCCCCUGCCGGUGCCCCCUGAGCUGGCCCCGUUCGUGGGGCGGCUGUCCGCCCAGGAGGGCGCGCCCAUCAUGAACGGCGUCUCGGGCCCCGACAGCGAGGACUACAGCCCCUGGACUGACCGCAAGGGGGCCCAGCCCAAGUCCACGCCGCCGCCGCAGACCAAGAUGAGCGACUCCUACUCCAACACGCUGCCCGUGCGCAAGAGCGUGGCCCCGAAGAACAGCUACGCCACCACCGAGAACAAGACGCUGCCGCGCUCCAGCUCCAUGGCGGCCGGCCUGGAGCGCAACGGCCGCAUGCGGGUCAAGGCCAUCUUCUCGCACGCCGCCGGCGACAACAGCACCCUGCUGAGCUUCAAGGAGGGCGACCUUAUCACCCUGCUGGUGCCCGAGGCCCGGGACGGCUGGCACUACGGCGAGAGCGAGAAGACGAAGAUGCGAGGCUGGUUCCCCUUCUCCUACACCCGGGUGCUGGACGGCGACGGCGGCGACAGGCUGCAUAUGAGCCUGCAGCAGGGGAAGAGCAGCAGCACGGGCAACCUGCUGGACAAGGAGGACCUGGCCCUCCCGCCCCCCGACUACGGCACGGCCUCCCGGGGCUUCCCCGCGCAGACGGCCGGCGGCUUCAAGCAGCGGCCCUACAGCGUGGCCGUGCCCGCCUUCUCCCAGGGCCUGGACGACUACGGGGCCCGGGCUGUGAGCAGCCCCGACGUGGAAGUGGCCAGGCUCUGAGCCGCCGUCGCGAGUUAGAACCCCUUCGCCAGCGUCCAGCUGAAGCCGACGGUGACCAGGGACAGGUCUGCCCCCCUCCUCAGCUGACGGCCACACCUGUGCCCCUGCACCGGCCCCCUCCCCCACCCCACCUGGAAGCACUCUCGUUAUUGCCCACGUGGUCGCCCUUCAGAGCUCCGCCCACCCCUCCGCCUGCCCGCGCCACACCCGCUGCAGUCCAGCCUGGGCUGGGCCCCGGCUGCUCCCUCGAGCCCAGGGCACCUGGGCCGUGGCCACAGAGCGCUGCAGGGGCUGACCGCGGCAGGGGCCUGCUGGCUGGGCCGUGGGCAGCGGAGCCCGCCAGGUGAGGGAAGGACCUUCGUCAGCAUGUGGCCUGAAGGGGAGUCUGGCCCCCGCCCCCACGCUGCCCGUAGCCCCUUGGUGUCUGCUCAAUAAACGGACUGCC